UAUUUUCUCCAGCUGGUUAUUCAGGUAAGAGGAAUAAAGAUGAAUCACGCGUAUGUUGUUGGCAUCUUAGCACUUUCAAGUUGCUACCAAGGGGUUCAAUGUAAGGUAUGUUCGGAAGCUGCAGCAGCAACAGAAAACACUGACGUGAUCCGGAUGUGCGAGAGCGGAAGCCUGAUUACUAGACGUGUAGUCAUAGAUAUCUUUGAUACUGGACACCCGGAUGUAUACAGUUGUACCUGUAAUGCCAGACCUGUUAAAGCAGACACCAAUAUCGUUAAUUUUGGCAGGUCGUAUCUAGUUAAACAAGCUAUAGAAUGCGGCAGUAGGCUAAGUGUAAAAUCAUCAGAACACGAAACAGUAGGGUUCGAAUGUGUUGGGCCUGACAAAGUGUAUUCUAUGAAGAGUAGUUUUCUGGAUUUUGUGUUGUCCAGGACUGACCGGAACAAUCCAUGGCGAUAUGGUUACUGCAUUCUAUUGGAGAUAACUAAAGCCAGAUGGAAUAUCACCUGUCUCCCACCUGUUAAGGUUACGACUAAGAUACCAAUUUCAACCACCACUCCACAGUCAACGUCCACUACAACAGCUGUUAUAACCACAGGUUCUUGGUACACAGAGUCGCCAUCAUCUGUUUCGGCGACACAGACAAGCUCCCUCACAACACCGGAAACUAAUACUGAAAAAAUAUGCUCAACAAAAACAGUUGAAGUUUUCUCAACAGCGACGGUGGUUAUACCAAUAGUGGUUGUUGUGUUGAUUGUAGCAGUGGCGACCAUCGCUAACGUCAUCCUCUAUAGAAGCAACAGACGUUUGGCACUUGAAAAGGAAGAAAAGAACGAACAGCAUGAUUUAAAGCCAGCCGCUUCUGUCGUUUACGAUAGCAUCGACAUAGAUCGUCUGGAGCCCCAACAUACGUACGCUGAUACCACUGCUGGCAGAAUGUACGCCAAUACGUCAGCGGUUGUCACUGUCUCCUAGACUGGCUGCGACCAUUGGUGCCGUGACCAGGAAAUAAGUUAAAAAGACCUUAUUGCCUUGCUGCCAAAGAUACGUCCAUCUGAAAAAGAUAGUGUAAAUUUUAUCUUUUUCAUAACAAUAGCGAAACAAGAAACUUGUGUAUCAACUUAUACUAGUCACGCUUGUUGGCCGGGAAUGGUAGUGCGCGACACGUCUUACUGUGGGAUCCCAUAUUUUUCAUAUACGAUCAGGAUAUCGAACUCCGGUCGACGAGGUGAAAGACAAGUGUGCAACCAUUGCACUACCCGACCACCCUGAUAAAAGGAAGUGAACUACUAAGAGCAACUGAAUUAUCAUAAAUAAUUUUAUUCAUUUUUAAACAACCGAAAAACGUGUCUAUUCCAGUAGAAUUGAUUGAGGGAGAUCUAAAUUCAAAGGCUUCAUGAAAACCGUUUGCAAAUAAGGUGUACAGAUGACGCCCGGGAUCGGUGAUGUGACGUCAUUCGGUUAUUGGUAACGUCAAUAACAGUUGCAGCUCGGGUAACAGUUCGAAUUAUUGACCAAUCAAAUCACCGGAAGGUCGUAUUCACUAGUGGAAUGUAACAUGUACAUGUAUUUAUCCCAUAACUACGCUUGUUUCACAAAUGAUAUGGGGUGUCAAUUUUUUGUUUUCUAUAAGUUGUCUUAAGUUUUAUGACACCUACCUGUUUCAUGAUUAAGUGUAUGUGUUUUCGUAUCUCCAUAAAGAUGUUUUCGGUAUUUGCUUGAUAACAAAAUGAUGUGGAGAUAAAUAUUUAUCAUCGCUGAACAUUAACACCAAGCGUGACAUCUCUCUGGAGACCCGAAUUUAGUUUUCCUGUCGGUAUCACCUUCCCUUACAGUUCAAAGAUAUCGUACCUUCGCCACCUUAAUGGACAUUGACCAAGAUAACAUAGAUUGAAUUUCUGACUGUUACUCUUAGCAUUUUUAUCAUUUAAAGUAACACUAGUGAACAGCGUCGGAGGAAGAUGAAAUUUUAGUUGUUUUUGAUAUUGUUGUCAGCUACUCCAUAUCUACAUGUAUCUAUGUGUAGUGUGUGAUAUUUCAUUUCAACAUAUCUUAUUGCAAAUCAAAUGGAUUGAACAUCAGGCUAAACCUACAUAAUAGUUCUCUCCAUAACAUAUUACAUUUAUUUCAAAUAAUUAGUAUCCGGUUAUUAGUCAGGAAUGGAAAGUAUAGUAUAUAUAUAGAAAGAGUAUUUGUAAAUAAUAUAUAAUGAUAAUCUUAUGAAUUUUCUUUUUCUUUAUAAUCAUUUACAAAUCAUUGUUAAAUAUGUAUUAGAACUCGUUUACAACACAGGAGAGAGACAAGUGCCUGACCAACAACAGAGUCUCAGACUAGUGUGUGUCAAUGUAAAAAAAGAACUGUGACUUUCUCCAUACUAGAAUGAAUAUCAGGGCAGACGAAAUCAUCCAGUAACAACAAAAUAGCAUCCCAAUUGAUAUAUCCAACCCGAUAGGACAUGUUGUAGACAGAAUACAUUUUCAGAGAUAUUUCCAUGCAUCAGUAAACGGUUUAUGUGUUUUAA